UUCGUGGUUCCGGGUUCGAUCAUUUCCGAUGAGGAAGUUGUCCGAUCAAAACAAAUGUUAACUCGUCGCUGAAAUAUUUUGCGACUUUCAGUGAGUUUCACCUCAUUUUAAUCGCAUACGUUUUAUAUUUACUUAUCACCAACCUGUGGAUCCAUGGAGACGCCAGAGCCGGGCCCAGCAGAUGGAGAGGAGCGUCUGGUGGAGCUGCGACCUCGGACACGCUCCAACCCCGAAGGAGCUGAGGACCGUCGCAGCAGCACGGGCAGCCUUGGUGGAAACGGCAACCCCAACAUAUCUCAGCCCGCUGUGGGAAGUCGUGUUGAGGGUGAGGGCGAAGCUUCAACCAGUGACAGUCUUCCGAGUUCCACCACCACCACCGUCUCGGCAGCUGCAGUCCAGACUGUAGCCCCUGCUGCAGUCGUAACAGCAGCAGCAGCAGCUGCGGGUGGUGCCACGGUGCCGCUGUCCACUGCUGCUGUUGCAGCCAAAGAGAGGCCAAAGCCCACACAGCAGCAGCCCACACUGACAACCCCUGUGCCUCCACCUGCAGAAUACCAGCUGAGAGUUCCUCGUGUUAACUGUCCAGAGAAAGUGAUCAUAUGCUUAGACCUUUCUGAAGAGAUGUCAUUGCCGAAACUGGAGUCUUUUAAUGGGUCUAAAACAAAUGCCCUCAACAUAUGCCAGAAAAUGAUUGAGAUGUUUGUCAGAACUAAACACAAGAUUGACAAACGCCACGAGUUUGCCCUGGUGGUUGUUAAUGAUGAUGCUCUGUGGUUGUCAGGCUUCACCUCUGACCCCAGGGAGCUGUGCAGUUGUCUCUAUGACCUUGAGACCAAUGUGUGCGAGUCCUUCAAUCUGGAAGAUCUUCUUAAUGUAAUUCGUCAGAAGAUCGAGCUGCCGUUGAUGGAGAAUGUUCAGACCAUCCCUCCUCCAUAUGUGGUGCGGACUGUGCUCAUCUACAGCCGCCACGCAGGACAGGUUCAGUUCAGCCCUUCUGAGGCUUUUAGUAAGAUGCUGCAGUCUCCAUAUUUUUUCUUCGAUGUGGUCUACCUUCACAAUGGGAUGGAGGAGCAGGGGGAUGAGACCAGCUGGAGGGACAACUACACCUCUUUCUGCAACCUGGACUCAAAGGGUAUGUGUUAUCGCUUCGAGGUUUCCCUGAGUGGGCCAGCCAUCGAGCUGCACAACUGCAUGGCCAAACUUCUGGCUCACCCUCUACAAAGACCUUUCCAGAGCCAUGCAUCUUACAGCCUUCUGGAGGGGGAAGACCCCCAGGACAUUGAGGCAACGGUCUAGAACCGCACACACUCGCAAAGCCCCGUUUCUGGAAAUUCACACUGUAGUUGGUCAGUUGGUUUUUUCCAUGAACUGCCGCAGAGUAAUCAUUUUUAAUAAUAUUCGAGAGAACCGGACACAAUAAGAGCAGUGUUGCAGCAGGUUACUCUUAACUCAGUUUCCAUAAAAAAAAAGUAGAUGAGUCAUUGAUUGUUGUGAAACUGCUGGAGGUCUCUCGAGGAUGAGUUCAUGAAACGGAUGUGAGACAGUCCUGGAGUUGGAGACAAGUUGAAGGACAAGAUAAAGACAGACAAAGGUUGAAGCAUCAGACUUUUACUAAACUAACUGUGCUAUCAUUUGUUUUUUUUUUUCUUUCAAAUCUUAGACCACACUGAUCUGCCUGAAAGUCUUAAAAGGAUGAAAUCAGAUCAAACCUGUGACAGCUUUCCAUAUUUGUGGCCUUUUGAGAUGCUGAAGUAUGAGCUGUUAUAUUGUGUCCUCUCGUCUUCUGUGACAUUGCUUCUCCUUUUAGUUGUCACCUUGUGUUGCCUGUUUUUUUUUUAAUGUAUUUUCUGUUUUAUAAGGGGGUGUUUUCAAUCAUUUGUCAUUCAUUUGUAUGUUGAAAAAAUGUACAGUAAUGAUUUCUGUGGCACAGAUGGAUUGAUUGUGAAAAAGGCCUCUCGUACUGCCAGUCUAGCUGCACUUGAAACACACUGUACAGAUGAGCUUUUUGAAGCUUGUUUCUGGAUAUUAAAAAGGCAUGUUUAAUUGUG